AUGGAUGGUCUUCUUUUUGGAAGGAUCGAUGUCCUAGAAAAGCGUCCAGACUCGCGUAACCUUUUUGAUUUCAGCCUACAGCCCUUCAAACAUGAACUCCGUAAGUUAUUGCGACUGUUAUAUUGUAUCAGUGAUGAUUUUGGGAAAAUCCCGGGUUCUCGCGCCCUCGUUGCCGUGGCAGCCGCUGCCCCCCAGCAGCAGCCGCCCGUCGCCAUCCUCCUGGCCGAGCGCGUUUUUUCCUCCCGAAACGGCGCUUACUCCUUCCAGUUCCAAGCAGAGAACGGAAUUGUGCAAAGCGAGACUGGAACACCCGGGGUUCUCAAGGCCAGACAAAUGUGCAAGGAGUUUUCAGUUUCCCCCGGGAAGACGGCAGAAAUCGCCGAAGUCCGGUACCAAGCUGACGAGAACGGCUUCCAGGCCCAGUCCCCCUCUGCUCCCUUUCGCCCCCGAGUUCCCUCACCCAUCCCGCAGUUCGUCCUCGACCAGAUCGCCUUCGCCGAGGAGCAGGAUCGCCUCGAAGCUCAGCUUCAGUUCCAGUGA